GUGGAGAGAGAGCAAGAGGGGAAAAAAAAGUGAGAAGUGAGCAUGUUUGAAAUGCAGAGUAGAAAAACAAUGUGGAAAUGAAAAGAGAUGAAACGAGAUGAUGGGAGGAGAAUAAAGACAGGGAAAGAAAUCUGGAAUCGGAAAUGCAGGGUGGCACGGGGAAUAAGUGAGCGAUUGGGAGAGGAAGAGAGAGAGUAAGCGGGAAGGGAGGGAGGCGAACAACACUGCAGACACUCAUCCGCUGUCACUGCUCCGCAGCCAGAGGACAGAGGCAGCACCAGCGUCAGCGGGGUACGAUGGAGGAGGACGGCUGCACCAUCCGUCUGCGGCUCGCUCCCCACAACUGACCCCUUCUCUCUGGGAACGUCCCGCCAAGUUAACGAAGGAAACUACCACCUCUGUCCUUCACGAGAUCACAAGUUCUGGAGCUCAACUUCUGCAGGACCGCCGUUCACACCCUUUGCAAUAAUUUCUCCCGUUGUACACGCCCACACUCCUCAUCACACCCUCUCCUUCAAACCGAAGCCCGCUGCACUUCUCUGUCGCCUCCUGGACUCGCGUGUUUGGGUUGUUCUGUAUUAUUGCUGCUUGCUGACCUUUCGGGCUGAGUGGAUUUACUUUUCUCCUGUGGUGGACCAUGGGGUGGCGGGGCGCAGGAGGGACCCCCGGGAAAAGGACAGGGGGGAGCUGGUACCUUUUGGUGACAUUGCUGCUCUGUGGUUUCUGGAAGGCUCACUCGCAGACAGACGAUGGGAAGUCUGUCUACUUCUGGGAAACAGGUCCGUGGGGGCGAUGCAUGGGCAGCGACUGCGGCCCGGGCGGCAGCCAGAGCCGGGCGGUCUGGUGCGCCCACGUGGACGGCUGGACGACCCUCCACACCAACUGUGACCAGGCUCAGCGGCCCUCCAACCAGAGGAACUGCUUCCGCGUGUGCGACUGGCACAAGGACCUGUACGACUGGCAGCUGGGAGCCUGGAACGAGUGCGUACCGGUGUCGGCCAGGACCUUUGGCGCCGCGCGGCAGUUCACGUGCAGCGGCGGCGAGGAGGGCAUUCAGACCCGGGAGGUGGGCUGCACGCUCAAGGCGGACGGGACUCCAGCAGAGGACGCCAUCUGUGAGUACUUUGAGCCCAAGCCGCGCCUGGAGCAGGCGUGUUUGAUCCCCUGCCCUCAGGACUGCGUUGUCACCGAGUAUUUGCCAUGGACCUCCUGCUCCAAAACGUGCGGAACGGGCCUCAGGAACAGAGUCCGCAGCGUCCUGGUUCCUCCGCUUUUCGGAGGAGCCGGUUGCCCGAACCUCACCGAGUUUCAGUCCUGUAAACCGGGAGCUUGUGUGGGUCCAGAAGGCUUGUACAGCCUUAGGGUCGGACCGUGGACCCCCUGCGUCCUGCCCCAGACCCGGACCGCACGGCAGGCAAAACGGCGGAAAGGCAAAGGUCAGGGCCUCAGGGAGCGAGGAGGGGUGAAGGAUCCUGAAACCAGGGAGCUGAUUCAAAAGAAACGGUCCAGGAACCGGCUGAACCGGCAGGAGAGUCCGUUCUGGGACAUCCAGGUGGGAUACCAGACCCGGGAAGUGGCCUGCAUCCACCGGAACGGCAGCAGAGUGGGGCGCAACCUGUGCAUACCGCGGGAGCUGCCGCUGACCAUCCAGUCCUGCGUCCUCCCUAAAGACUGCCAGGUGACGGAGUGGACCGACUGGAGCUCCUGCUCCAAGGCCUGCGCGGACCCCGAGUCUCCAAGAGGAAACCGAACCCGGAGGCGACAGGUGCUCCAGUUCUCUGUUGGCGAGGGCGUCGAGUGUCCAGCACUGGAGGAGACGGAGUCCUGCGAACCUCCGGGGGGAAGCGUUCCUCCCUGUGCAAGUUACACAUGGAGAACCACGGAGUGGAGCGACUGUCGGGUCGACGUGCUGCUGAGCCAACAAGACCGACGGCGCGCCAACAUGACCGGGCUCUGCGGCGGAGGCCUGCAGACGAGGGAAGUUUAUUGUGUCCAGGCGAACGCAGAGCUUCUGAAAUUCCUGAACAACCUCAAAGAAAAAGACAAAGCCUCCCGCCCGGUGGAGAACCAGCUGUGCACGGGUCCGAUCCCAAACAGAUCCCAGCUCUGCCAGAUCCCCUGCCCCAUCGACUGCGAGGUGUCGCCGUGGGGGGCCUGGGGCCCCUGCGUCUUUGAGAACUGCAACGAUCAGACCGGAAAGAAAGGCUUCAAACUGAGGAAACGACAGAUCACCAACGAACCAACCGGGGGCCCAGGAAGCUGCCCUCACCUGGUGGAGGCCAUGCCAUGCGAUGACCCCAGCUGCUACAAGUGGCAGCUGGUCAGCCUGGACAGGUGUGUUCCUGAUGACGGGAAGCAGUGCGGCCCCGGAUCUCAGCUGCCUCAAGUUCAAUGCAUCAACAGCAACGGGGAGCUCGUGGACAGAAGCCUGUGCUCCUCCUCGGCCGUUUUGGAGCCUGUUUCCUGUGAGGUGCCCUGCGCCAGAGACUGCGUGCUCAGCGACUGGACGCCGUGGUCCACCUGCUCCCAGACGUGCUCCAGCAAAACCGUGGAGGGCAAGCAAAUGAGGACCCGCUCCAUUCUGGCGUACAACGCCGGGGAAGGUGGGUCGCUGUGUCCGAACAGCAGCGCCCUGCAGGAGGUGCGGAACUGCAACGAGCACGCCUGCAUCGUUUACCACUGGCAGACGGGGCCCUGGGGGCCGUGCACCGAGGACCCCUCCACCGCGCCGCUCAACUCCUCUGCAGGGAAGCGUCCCGCCGCAGACGCCCAGGGCCUCUGCUCCAUGGGAGUGCAGACUCGAAAGGUCAUGUGCGUCCGGGUCAACGUGGGACAGGUGCCUCCCAAAAAGUGUCCAGAAGGCCCGCGCCCAAGCACGAUGCGACCGUGUCAGCUGCCUUGCAAGAAGGACUGCAUCGUGACUCCUUUCAGCGACUGGACUCAGUGUUCGGUUUCCUGCGAUUCAAGUGGUGAAGCUGUGAAGAGAAAGCAAUCGAGGCGACGUCUGGUCAUCCAGAUGCCUUCGAAUGGAGGACAGGAUUGCCCGAUGGUGCUUGAAGAGGAAAGGGACUGCGAGGUCCCCAAAGUCUGUCCCGGCUUCAGGUGGAAAACUCACAAGUGGAGGAAGUGCCAACUGGUUCCUUGGGUUCUCAGAAAGGAAACUCCAGGCGCUCAGGAGACGUGCGGACCCGGACUUCAGACCCGAGCUGUGUCCUGCCGCCAGCUGGACGGGACGCAGGCCGACAUCAGCGAGUGCCUGAAGUCCGCCAAGGCCAUGCCCGCCAUCACUCAGCGCUGUCAGCUCCCCUGCCAGGACGACUGCCAGUUAACCAACUGGUCCAAGUUCUCGUCCUGCACAGCUGACUGUGUGGGGGUCCGCACCAGAAAGAGGGCAUUGAUAGGGAGAAGCAAAAAGAAGGACAAGUGCAAAAACACGCAGAUGUACCCUCUGAGCGAGACGCAGUACUGUCCCUGCGAUAAGUACAACGCCCAGCCGGUGGGGAAGUGGUCCGACUGCAUCCUGCCGGAGGGCGGCAGGGCGGACGGCACCGCGGCCAUGAAGGUCCAGGGAGACGUCAAGGAGUGCGGACAGGGCUACCGCUAUCAGGCCAUGGUGUGCUACGACCAAGACAACCGGCUGGUGGAGACGUCGCGCUGCAACAGCCACGGUUAUAUCGAGGAGGCCUGCAUCAUUCCCUGCCCAUCAGACUGUAAACUCAGUGAGUGGUCCAACUGGUCCCGCUGCAGCAAGUCCUGUGGGAGUGGAGUGAAAGUUCGCUCCAAGUGGCUUCGGGAGAAACCGUACAACGGAGGCCGGCCGUGUCCAAAACUGGACCACAUCAACCAGGCCCAGGUGUACGAGGUGGUGCCGUGUCAGAGCGACUGCAGUCAGUACGUCUGGGUCGCCGAGCCGUGGAGCGUCUGGAAAGUCAGCAACGUGGAUCUGAAGGAGAACUGUGGCGAGGGAGUCCAGACCCGAAAAGUCAGGUGCAUGCUGAACACUGUGGACGGGCCGUCGGAGGCCGUGGAGGAUUACCUGUGCGACCCGGAGGAGAUGCCGCUGGGAGCCAGGGAGAGCAGGCUGCCGUGUCCGGAGGACUGCGUCCUGAACGACUGGGGCGCCUGGAGCCGCUGCAGCAUGCCCUGCACCAGGAACAACAGCCGGGUGCGGACGGCGUACGCCCUGCGGUACGCCGGCGUGGGCAGGCAGUGCCCGGAGCUGGCCGACCGAGAGCCGUGCAGCCUGAACCUCAACUGCUUCAACUACUUCUACAACAUCACAGACUGGAGCACUUGUCAGCUGAGCCCCAACGCCGUUUGUGGAAGCGGCAUCAAGACCCGGAUGCUCGACUGCGUUCGCAGUGACGGCAAAUCUGUUGAUAUUAAAUUCUGCGAGGAGCUGAGUUUGGAAAAGACCUGGCAGAUGAACGUCUCGUGCACCGUCGAGUGUCCCGUCAACUGCCAGCUGACGGAGUGGUCGGUCUGGUCCGAAUGUUCGCAAACCUGCGGGCUGGAGGGUAAGAUGCAGAGGCAGCGCUCGGUGGUCCAGGCCUCGCAGGGCGACGGCCGGCCGUGUCCGACCCAGAUGGAGCAGUGGAAACCCUGCCCGGUCCGACCCUGCUACCGGUGGCAGUACAGCCCCUGGUCUGAGUGUCGGGUCGAGAGCGUGGUGUGCGGACACGGCACUCGCUACAGGAACCUGUCCUGCUUCGUGUCGGACGGGUCCGGCGCCGGCGAGAGCAGCAUGGCGGACGAGGAGCUGUGCAGCAGCCUGGAGCUGGCCGUCGACGGAGACAAGAAGGUGGUGCUGAAAGAGGCGUGUGUCCUCCCAUGUCCAGGCGAAUGCUACCUGAUGGAGUGGUCUGACUGGAGCUCAUGUGUCAGCAUCUGUGUGAAAGGAGCCGGCGUGGACUUCGGCUCCGUUCAGGUCCGGUCCCGAGCCGUCCUGGCCCAGGAGCCUGAAAACCUGCAGCUGUGUCCAGACCAGGCUUGGGAGUCGCAGCCCUGCACAGGAGGCGAAUGUUUCGAGUAUAAGUGGUUCAGCAGCGGCCGUCCGAACUCCAGCCGUCCGGUUGCCUGGUGUCAGCGCUCGGAUGGACUCAACGUCACCGGUGGUUGUCCUGCAAUGAAUCCUCCAGUGGACAACAGCUCCUGUGACCCUCCCUGUCUCAUGACGAAGUCUUUCUGUAGCGAGGCCGGGAUGUGCAUGUGCGAGGAGGGCUUCACAGAGCUCCUGUCGCCUGCGGGUCAGCUGGACCAGUGCGCCCCAAUCCCAGUCCUGGAGAUUCCCACUGCAGGUGACAAGAAAGGGGACGUAAAGACCAGUCGUGCCAUUAACCCCACGCUGCCCACCACCAUCCAACCGGGACGCACGGGCCGGACAUGGUACCUGCAGCCCUACGGACCAGAUGGGAAGCUGAAGAUGUGGGUGUACGGUGUAGCAGCAGGAGCCUUUGUUCUCCUCAUUUUCAUAGUGUCUAUGAUAUACCUAGCUUGCAAAAAGCCAAAGAGACCUCAGAGACAGAGGCAGCAGAACAACCGGCUCAAGCCGCUAACGCUCGCCUACGACGGAGACACGGACAUGUAGAGCCGCUCCAUCUGUCACACAGACCCCUCCAUGACAGCGAGCGAUGUUUGCAGCGUGAAUGGACUCACUUUAUUCCAAUUUGAUUUUCCUUAACUAAAACCUUCAUGACCUCCAGUUUGCUCAAUGAAAUGCCUUUUAUUUUUAAACUGAGAGUCUCCAACUCUUUCACCCCCGCGCUUUCCUGAAAACGCUGACUAGCUGGAGGCUUUGGACGCUCUGACGGUUUGUAUGUUGCCAAAAGUCACUGCAGGGAAGAAGAGGAGGAGGGAGAGGAAAAUCUCCAUCAAAAGGUUUGGAUUCCUUUUCUUCCCUCAAUCCUCAGCUGGGUUUUGACUCAAAUCUGUUUUUUUUUCCCCAGUCUUUUUUAUUUCUGCUUGAUUCAGAGGCCUGUGUUUGUGGGAUAAACUGAUCGGCGGCCUUCACCCUCGCUUUGUUUCAGGCGCUACAUUGCACUAUAUUAGUGCAGAAUGAUAUGCACACGUGACUUCUACCUUUUAUUGCCAUAAAACACUCCCUCUUCCACAAACACAACAAAUGGGAAACAACCGGAGAGACCCACAGUAAAUAUCUGUAUAGGUUUCAUUUCUCAGUUUGUUUGUUUUUGGUUGUAGUAAAUCUUUUUGUGGUUUGUAGAUUUCGUCAGGUGUUUUGUUUUGGUUUUUUCCCCUCAGAUGUAAGUAUGAGCAUUUUAUAAAUCAAAUAAAUUAAUUUUCUUGCAGUUAAGCUGAACUGAAACGCGUCCCGGAGAGAAACAAGCCAUUCAUGUCAUGCAAACAUCAUUUCUGCCUUACUGGUAACCAAUCUACUGCUCUUAAUAUUUGAUCUGGCAAAUAUUAAACACAACAGAACAAGCAGACAAAAAAACGUAAAAUGCUCCAAUCUCACUGCGAUGAGAUAAUAUACAUAUAUAUAAAUAUAUACAUAUAAAUAAAAUACACUGUACAGACGAACUAUACAAUAUGUUAAUAAUAAGAAUAUGCCUCUGACUUCAGUGUAAAAGCAAACUGGUGUGGAGAAUGUUUACUUUUUUUUGUGAAAUUUGUAAAUAAUGACUUUUUUAUUUUUUGAAAAAAAAAAAAAUCUAAAGUAUGUGUAAAUUUAUUUUGUAUCGCACAGAAAAUGUUACUUUGAAUAUUGCGAAGUGGGUGUAUGAUAUUGCUGAUUGUUGUUACUAUGAUGCAAGUUGUAUGUUGUGACAAAGAAAACAAACAAAAAAAUAACCAGAGGGGAAGAAAAAGAGAAAUACGAAGAACUGGUUGUUUUGUACAGGAUGUUCAUAUAUGGAAAGAAUUACUGAAAAUAAACGCGGACACGGCUGCAAACACAAA